UCAUUAAUGAGGACCUGUAAAGUUAUCGUUUUCUGCGAGAUAUUUUAUAACACUUCGUUAUUUAAUGAAUCUGUGCAAUCAGGUAGAUCCGCUCUCGCCAAGUUUUCUGAUAGUAAAACUGGAAGACGAUUAUUUUCGCAUCCCAAAGUCAUUGAGCGUGUUUAUGAUGAAAGAACCGCCGCCUACCGAGGAAAAUUGUUCCAAAAGUGGAUUGUUAAAACAAGUAAAGAAAGAAAAGGAUAAUCACGUUGAGAAGACCAAAAGUCGCAUUGAAACCAGGAAGAAAAGUAAAACCGUAAGUGACGAUUUUGAUGAUUUAGAUGAUACACCUCUGGACUUCAGGAAACGACAUGAAGAUGAAUUCUCGAGAACACGAUCCGGCAAGCAGCACGCAUCGAGCACGAAGAAGAAGCCGCAUAUUUGCGAGAUCUGUUACAUCACGUUUGACCGCAAGAGCAAACUCACUAGUCAUAUGUUCAAACACAGCAACUCACGGCCGCACAAGUGCACGGUUUGUUCAAAAGGCUUCAAAACCGGUGCGUACCUCUCUAGGCAUAUGGAAAUCCACGAUGAACCCGCGCAGUUGCACGCGUGCACUCUGUGCGAUUUCAAGGCGCGCACGAAGCCGUAUCUGAAGAUACACUACAUUCGCAAGCACACCGAGGAUUAUAACUACACCUGCGAGCAGUGCGGCAAGAUGUUCAAAGUGCAGUCCGAUUAUACGACGCAUAUGAAGGAUCACGAUACCGAAUCUUGUGUUUGCGAUAUAUGCGGCACGUCGUACGCCAGCAAGAGCUCCCUGUACUUCCACAAGCAUUACAAGCACAAGACUAAAGUUAAGGAGUUUGAGUGCCAAAUUUGCAGGAAGCGCUUUAAGACUCAGAAGAAUCUGGAGUGCCACGCUGAGUUGCAUAAAAUGAAGUACGUCUGCGAGCAGUGCGGUAUGGAGUUUAAGUUCAAGUACGGCCUGACGAAGCAUCUCAGAACGCACUCGGGCGAGAAGUCGUAUCUCUGCGCCAUUUGCGGCAAGACCUUCGGCUGCCUCAGUUCGCAAAAGAUCCAUCUGCUGACUCACGUAGGCGAGCGGCCUUACGUCUGUGACAUUUGCGGGCAGAGCUUCACUCAGCGGUCGCCGAUGAUGCUGCAUCGGAAGAAGCAUCCUGGUGUGCAUCCACCGCCGCCACCUAUCAAAAUUACGAAUCUUCUACAUGGUGUGCAGGAUAAAAUUAUUGUGAACAAGAGUGUCAAGUAACUCAUAUGUGUAUUUGGUGGACGACUGUGGACUGUAAAAUGAAGAGAACGACUUCAUUACUGGGUAACUUUUAUAUCUUUUUCUAAUUUGAAAACACGCGAGAUAAUAAAAAUGAAUGUGAAUUGUAAAUAUCAUCUCAGUGGCAGCAACGUAAGAUCAUGAAAUUAUUUGUUUGCAUAAGGCGAUAAUGUGUAUUAUUGGAUUUUGAUAGAUUUCGAAACCGGAAGAUUUUCGAAAGUACGUUCUUCUGUAUUGGUAUGUUAAUCUUAUUUUUACAUCUGUUAAAACGUUUAUUUAAAAGGCAGCUGUGUAUUAUGCUGCCGUUUGUAACAUUUACGAUUACGUCUUAAAAUCUUUUAAUCGAAUAUUUAUUUUUUGUUCUAUAGAUUUCAAGGAUUUACUAAUAAUUUCAAAAUAUUCUGCUAUCGUGUAAUUAUUUUUUGAACUUAACAACUUUUGACUUACAUUACGUUUGUUGGUAAUGUAAAGACCAGCCAAAUGUAAAUAUAGUAUAGAAAGCAUAAUAUGUUAAUCUAAUAUUAGAUAUAUAUAUAUAGUUUAUUUUUAUUCGUGACAAAGUAUUUUGCUGGAUCUUGGAUUUGUUCGCUAUUUAAUUACAUUUUACUUCUGUAUCUAGGUCUUCCAAUCUCUUAUUUAUAUAGUUAAGAUUUGAAUGAAAAAAAUAUAUUUUUCAUAAUAUUUUCUAUUUUCUACAGUUGAUAUUUUGAUUGAAACUUGAUAUAGUUCCCCGAACAAUAUGAACUUUCAUUUUAUAGAACAAAAUUUUUGCAUUUAUAUUUA